GACAAUAAUACAUUCAAAUUACCUUGAUUAAGGUGGUAUCAGAUGAUAUUGUUAGCAGAUCAUCCAUUGAGAAAAAUACAGCACAACCAAUGAUCUAGGUUAGUGUUUCUUGGCCCUGGGAUCCAACUAAUGAUCUAGGCCAGUGUUUCUGGGUCCUGGGGAUCCAACCAAUGAUCUAGGCCAGUGUUCCUUGGUCCUGGGGAUAUAACCAAUGAUCUAGGCCAGUGUUUCCUGGUCCUAGGGAUCCAACCAAUGAUCUAGGCCAGUGUUUCUGGGUCCUGGGGAUCCAACCAAUGAUCUAGGCCAAUGUUUCUUGAUCCUGGGGAUAUGAAAUAUGACCCUUUGGGUCCAUAACCCUAACCCCUAACCUUAACCCUUAACUCUAACCCUAACCCCUAACCCCUAACCCCUAACCCUAAUCCCUAACCCUAACCCUAACACUAACCCCUAACCCUAACCCCUAACCCUAACCCUAACCCUAAGACCUAACCCUAACCCCUAAACCCUAACCCAGGACCAGGAAAAUCCUGAUAUACACUGCAGGUCAUCAGUACAGUAUGUAGGUCAUCAGUAUGCAGGUCGUCAGUACAGUAUGCAGGUCAUCAGUACAGUAUGCAGGUCAUCAGUAUGCAGGUCGUCAGUACAGUAUGCAGGUCAUCAGUACAGUAUGCAGGUCAUCAGUAUGCAGGUCAUUAGUAUGCAGGUCAUCAGUACAGUAUGUAGGUCAUCAGUACAGUAUACAGGUCAUCAGUACAGUAUGCAGGUCAUCAGUACAGUAUGCAGGUCAUCAGUAUGCAGGUCGUCAGUACAGUAUGCAGGUCAUCAGUACAGUAUGCAGGUCAUCAGUAUGCAGGUCAUUAGUAUGCAGGUCAUCAGUACAGUAUGUAUGUCAUCAGUACAGUAUGCAGGUCAUCAGUACAGUAUGCAGGUCAUCAGUAUGCAGGUCAUCAGUAUGUAGGUCAUCAGUAUGCAGGUCAUCAGUAUGUAGGUCAUCAGUUUGCAGGUCAUCAGUAUGCAGGUCAUCAGUAUGCAGGUCAUCAGUACAGUAUGCAGGUCAUCAGUAUGCAGGUAAUCAGUAUGCAGGUCAUCAGUAUGUAGGUCAUCAGUAUGCAGAUCAUCAGUAUGUAGGUCAUCAGUAUGUAGGUCAUCAGUAUGCAAGUCAUCAGUAUGUAGGUCAUCAGUAUGCAGGUCAUCAGUAUGCAGGUCAUCAGUAUGCAGGUCAUCAGUACAGUAUGCAGGUCAUCAGUACAGUACGCAGGUCAUCAGUACAGUAUGCAGGUCAUCAGUAUGCAGGUCAUCAGUAUGCAGGUCAUCAGUACAGUAUGCAGGUCAUCAGUAUGCAGGUCAUCAGUACAGUAUGCAGGUCAUCAGUAUGCAGGUCAUCAGUAUGCAGGUCAUCAGUACAGUAUGCAGGUCAUCAGUACAGUAUGCAGGUCAUCAGUACAGUAUGCAGGUCAUCAGUACAGUAUGCAGGUCAUCAGUAUGCAGGUCAUCAGUAUGCUGGUCAUCAGUACAGUAUGCAGGUAUAAA